AUGAUGGCUCCGAUGAUCUUUUUUGGCACAAAUGCUUUCUAUAUGAUGUCAGCGAUUGGAGUGGUUGAGAGACGGGAGAAAUGCGGGGGAAUCGGCCUUUUCUACAUCCCGAUCAUUCUCCUCACCUCCUUCAUCGCCAUUUCAAUGUACGUUUGUUUGCAAGGCACUUUCGUCACCUCCUUCUGGGCGAUCGUCACACUCGCUGGGCACUCGUUUAUGGCUAUCGCCGGCUUUUUGAUAGUCACACUGGUGAUUGUGGCGCCCUGCAUGUGUUGUUGUGGUCGAAAAUCGUCACCGAAACAAGACCAAUCGCAUACGGUGAAAUAUGCAAAGCGGCGGCUGCUCUGGACCGUCAUUUUCAUUCUCUUUGCCACCGUGCCAUUAGUGCCAUCGCUGUGUCUCUCCGUUUGUCGCCUAGUCGAGGCAUUGAUGUACGGCAAAUGGAUCUUCGACUAUCGUUUCCUCGCG